UAGGUCUUGAGCCGGUGUUGCUGAAUCAGUGUUGAUGUUCAGUUGCCGCAAGGCUGAUUCCGCAAGAACGGACUCCUUCAGGAUCAUCCAGAGGCAUACAAUGCAUAAAGCUCGACUUUCGUCUUGCAGACAUGGAGAUCAAUGUAAAGUGGCCAGGUUCAAACAACAUGAUAAUCCCCUUCUAUGGAUGCGAUUAGGUCAAGGAGUAACAUCCCUUGUGGGCAGCGGUGAUGUCAUAGCUGCUCAUCCCAUGAACCCACAGAGCUUAUAUGUGAACUGAAACCUUCGCCUCGCAGAGCCAACUAACAUUCAGUAAUACGCUUCACCAAGCGACAAGCCUUGAGACAUUCGCAAGAACUACCUUUGAUACCCCCCAGAAAAGUCUCACACACAAAACCACCAAAAAUGGCCAAGAAGGUUCUCAUCAUCCUCUCCGACGCCGACGCCUUCCCGCUGCACAACACCGGCGCCGAAGGCAAGACAGUCGACCAACCCUCAGGCUUCUUCCUCAUGGAGCUAGCCAAGCCGCUCCAGAAGCUGCUCGACGCCGGAGUCGAAGUGACCUUCGCCUCCCCCCAGGGCAAGGAACCCAAGCCGGACCCCAACAGCGAGACCCUCCUCGCCUUCGCAGGCAACUACCUCGAGCGGCGGCGCGAGAACGAGCUAAUCGAGCGCAUGAAGCGGGAGAACGGCUUCACCCACCCACGGCGCUUCCGCGACAUCUCGGACGCGGAACUCCGGGCCUUCGACGGCGUGUUCAUCCCCGGCGGGCACGCGCCGCUGGCUGACCUGGGCGAGGACGAGGACCUGGGCCGGAUCCUGAGGCACUUCCACGUCGAGCACAAGCCCACGGCGGUCAUCUGCCACGGGCCGUACGCGCUGCUGAGCACGCGGCUGAACCAGGACGGGUUCGCGUACAAGGGGUAUAAGCUCACCAGCUGGAGCGACGCCGAGGAGAAGGUCAUGGAGACGCUGUUGCGCGGCGAGAUCGAGAAGGUGGAGAGCCGGCUGAGGGAGGCGGGCGCGGAUAUGCAGGAGGGUGCCGGGGAGAAGAUUGGGCAGAUCACGGUCGAUCGGGAGGUAGUGUCGGGCGGGAAUCCGAUGGCGGCUGAUGCGUUGGGGAAUAGGUUUUUGCAGAUGUUGGAGGCGAAGUAAACCAUUGUGUAGUCUCAACUCGCUUGUAGGACUUGAUACCAGGUACUCACUGUAGUGUAAUAAAUGAGACAGGUAUCGGCAAUAGUCCCAUGCU